AUGAAGUUUGGCGAACACUUGAGAAAUACUCUUAUUAAGAAUUAUAGCUUUUAUUAUAUAGCUUAUGAUGAUUUGAAACAUCAGUUGAAGAAAGGUUUGAAGGACAAUGGCAAUUGUUGGUCGAAUGAUCUUGAAGAAGAGUUUUUGAAUUCAUUGGAAAAGGAAUUGGACAAAGUCUACUCAUUCACCAAAGUUAAAAACACCGAGGUGAAUAGGAGGUUAAAGGAACUGGAGAAGUAUGUUCACCAGGUUGUGAGUGCCUUACAAAAUCGAUCGGAACCACAACCUCAAGAACAGGACUUCGAAGACCUCGAAGAAGAAUUGUCGGAUAUCAUUGCAGACGUCCAUGAUUUAGCCACGUUUACAAGGUUAAAUUACACUGGCUUCCAAAAGAUUGUUAAGAAACACGACAAAACAACCAAAUUUAAUUUAAAACCUAUAUUCCAAGCCAGAUUAAAUUCCAAGCCUUUCUUCAAAGACAAUUAUGACAAUUUAGUUGUUAAGUUGUCUAAAUUGUAUGAUUUGGUCAGAACCAGAGGUAAUCCAGUUAAGGGUGACUCUUCGGCUGGUGGAGCACAGCAGAACUUCGUGAGACAAACUACAAAAUAUUGGGUUCAUCCCGAUAACAUUACUGAGCUUAAGUUAAUAAUUUUGAAGCAUUUACCUGUUUUGGUUUUCAACGCUGAGAAGGAAUUUGAGCCCGAAGAUAGUGCAAUAACUUCCAUUUAUUUCGAUAAUAAAGCAAUGGAAUUGUAUUACGGAAGAUUAAGAAAGGAUGAGGGAGCAGAGGCUAUCAGAUUGAGAUGGUACGGUGGAAUGGACUCCGACCAAAUAUUUGUAGAAAGAAAAACUCAUAGAGAGGACUGGACCGGCGAAAAGUCUGUUAAAGCUAGAUUUGCUUUGAAAGAAAAGAACGUCAACAGCUUUUUAAAAGGUACAUUUACUGCGUCUGAGGCUUUUGAAAAGGCAAGGAAAGAUGGCAAAAAGUCUGCCAAAGAAAUAGAUAAUUUGGAGAGUUUAGCCAAAGAAGUGCAAUACAAAAUUUUGAAGGAUAAGCUUCGACCUGUCAUGAGAUCUUUUUACAAUAGAACUGCUUUUCAACUUCCAGGUGAUGCCAGAGUAAGAAUAUCAUUGGAUACAGAGCUUACAAUGGUGAGAGAGGAUAACUUUGACGGACAUGAUAGAACCAAUGGAAAUUGGAGAAGAAUGGAUAUCGGUGUUGAUUACCCCUUUCCUCAAUUACUAGAUUCUGAUGUCUGUCGUUUUCCAUACGCUGUCUUAGAAGUGAAGUUGCAAACUCAGUUAGGACAAGAGCCACCCCAGUGGAUUCGUGAGUUGAUUUCAAGUCAUUUAGUCGAAGCAGUUCCCAAGUUUUCGAAGUUUAUUCACGGAGGGGCUACUUUACUUACCGAUUACGUAAACUUACUUCCAUUUUGGUUACCUCAGAUGGAUGUUGAUAUAAGAAAGCCAAUAGACCAUGAGGAUAUAGGAAUUCAUAGAAACCAAUCUCAAAGAAUUAAGUCAUCCUCCUCAGGCGGUGAAUUAGACGAGGAAGAACUUCUAGACAAUGGUGAAUAUUCUGGAUAUACUGGAGUUCACUUCUCUAAUGAUACCAAUCCAUUAGAAGACGAUUUGGAGGACACUACCCCCUUAUUACCUGCCUCUUACUUGCAUGAGUCCAGCAACAGUUCCUUAUCAAAAUUUUUCUUCAACCUUUAUUUAAAAUUUUUGCAUUAUUUCAAUGAUGACAGAACAUUCACAGUUAAAGCUGGAACGAAUUUUGAUUUAAACAAGACUUUUGCUAAGAAGAUUCCUAAGGGAAAGAAAAUAUAUGUCCCUAUUAGGAUUGAACCCAAGGUCUAUUUUGCUACUGAAAGAACCUUUUUAAGUUGGGUAUCUAUUGGUAUGAUUUUAUAUGCAACUGCGAUGGCCCUUUUGAACUACGGUAACAAGAGUGCGUUGACAGCAUCAAUUGGGUUUUUUGCAUGUGCCUUGUUCACAUUGGCGUAUUCAAUCUACAAGUAUCUAUGGAGAGUUUUGAUGAUCAGGGAAAAGAAAGUCGUUAAUUAUGCAGAUAAAUUUGGUCCAAACAUGAUCUGUAUUUGCAUUGUUACGGCAACGUUUAUUUCUUUUCUUUUUAGAUUCUUACAACAAUAA